GGAGCAUCAAUUGGUUGCCUCCCAUACACGCCUGGACUGGGGAGUGAGCCCGCAACCUAGGCUACUAUGGCUGCCGUCGACAGCUUCUACCUCUUGUAUAGGGAAAUUGCCAGGUCGUGCAAUUGCUACGUGGAAGCACUAGCCUUGGUUGGAGCCUGGUACACGGCCAGAAAGAGCAUCACUGUCAUCUGUGACUUUUACAGCCUCAUCAGGCUGCACUUUGUCCCUCGCCUGGUGAGCAGAGCAGAUCUGGUCAAGCAGUAUGGGAGAUGGGCAGUCGUGAGUGGUGCAACAGAUGGGAUUGGAAAAGCCUAUGCAGAAGAGUUAGCAAGCCGUGGUCUCAAUAUCGUCCUGAUUAGUCGGAACCAAGAGAAGUUGCAGAUGGUUGCUAAGGACAUUGCUGACACCUACAACGUAGAAACCGAUAUUAUAGUGGCAGACUUCAGUAGUGGCCGUGAGAUCUAUGACCCAAUUCGAGAAGCCUUGAGAGACAAAGACAUUGGCAUCUUGGUAAAUAACGUGGGCGUGUUUUAUCCCUACCCUCAGUAUUUUACUCAGGUCUCCGAGGACAAACUCUGGGACAUCGUCAAUGUAAACAUUGCUGCGGCUAGUUUGAUGGUGCACAUAGUGUUACCGGGGAUGGUGGAGAGAAAGAAAGGCGCUGUUGUCACCAUCUCUUCUGGCUCCUGCUGCAAACCCACCCCCCAGCUGGCUGCCUACUCUGCUUCUAAGGCUUAUUUAGACCACUUCAGCAGAGCAUUGCAGUAUGAAUAUGCUUCUAAAGGAAUCUUUGUGCAGAGUCUGAUUCCGUUCUACGUGGCCACUGGCGUGACUGCGCCUGGCAGCUUUCUGCACAAGUGCCGGUGGCUGGUGCCUUCACCGAGAGUGUACGCACAUCAUGCCGUCUCGACCCUCGGUAUUUCAAAAAGGACCACAGGAUAUUGGUCCCAUUCUAUCCAGUUUCUUUUUGCACAGUAUAUGCCUGAAUGGCUCUGGGUAUGGGGAGCAAAUAUUCUCAAUCGGUCUUUACGUAAGGAGGCCUUAUCCUGCAGCGCGUGAAACUGGAUGAUGGUUUGGGAAGUUCUGCCAACUCGCGGGAACCUACAGUAUUCUGACAUUUGGAAGAACAUGUUUAAUUUGUCUUCUGUAUUUUCUUUUGUGACUGGUUAUUUAGCAUACUGCCGACUCAUCAUUUGCAAAGCAGACAUAAUACUUGUAGAGAAUGCUGUGGAAAAACCUCAAGGGCCACUUGGAUGGCACAGAGUAAAUAAUGACUGAGGCAUAAGAACCGAUUGAGGAAACCUAUGUUUUGAUGCUUUUUCCCCCUAGCUGUUCAAAUGUCGUGUGAAAUGUCGUGUGAUUUAUGUUCUGGGAGCUACAGCAAUCUGAUAUUGAAAUGUACUUAUAACAUGACUUGUCACCUCUUACAAUUUCAUCUGUUGUCUUUUAAGGGGAAUUAUUUCAGUAGAUGAACUGUAAUAUUGGUUUUCAAAUGGUCAUCAGGAAAGACCAUUCACAAGUGUCAUUUUAUAAGAUUGCUGGUAUGAUUAGUAGUAGAAAUCUGUGCGUGUUAAUGUUGUAUAGCUCUAGUCGUUGGACUGUGUGUGAAAGUGCUGCUUUCCAACUGAUGUUUCUGACACAGCUGAGUGUGUCUGGAUGCUGUGUGCAUCUGCGCAACUUCUUGGGGAAGUCACUUUAGAACCUGUUUUGUCAACUUGGUUUAAUGUGGAACCUUACAGGGUAUUAAAAUUCUGGAUAUUUUCUCUUUGUACCAAAAAACCUUACCCAAUUUUGUGCUGUAAGCUUGCCAUGUACAAUAUUACCUACAACAUCCUGUUUUUUUAAACCUAUGAUGGAAUUCAUUCCUAGAUUUCAACACGAUUGACUGUUAUUAACCUCUUGAUCUAUGAUUAUUGUGGAUAAGUAGUGAUUUCUCAGCCUAUGACCCAUUUUAUAAUUGAAAUUUAGCCCUUUAGAUCUUGUUAAAUCUGGUUUUCAUAUACUUUUCUCUGUAAUAUUAUUUUAUUCCAGUGGCAUUAUUGGUGUAAACCUCAAGUAUUUAUGGAAUAGUGGUUAAAAUAUGGACAGAUUAUGUAUGUGAUAUGUAUUGUAUCUAUUGAAAAAUGUUAGAAGCUCAUUCCUGGUUCUUGUGAUUAGUUUAAGCAUUUUAGUGAAAUUUUUAUUGGUAUGAAGAUAAUGAUGCACCCCCCUCCCCCCAUAUACAAUAUGGGUUAGUAUUGAUACCUGUUGUGAAAUGCUUUUGGCUCAGGUCCCAUUAAGCCAAACAUUUUGAGGACCUCAUACCUAGUGCUCUGACAAUUGCAAAUCAUUAUAUGAGUAUGACAACAUGUACAAAGUAAAAACGAGGAGUUUAAUGUUGGGAAACUGACACAAAAGCUAGGAAAAUGAUUGAAAUCAGGACUUUUGUGGAAUUGUUUUCUCCUGAGAUGAUGUUCCAUUAUGAGUAGGCCCAAACAUGCUUUUAUGUUAUAAGUACAGUAACAUUGUAACAUGUGCUGGUAACAUUGCCUCGGUAUUUCCAGAUGUCACUUGGACUCAGUUCAGAAGCUCUUCCACUUACAGAUCGGGCCUUCAAGACAUGAGAGGAAGACAUUCAGAUGUGAAAACUUACACACUAGUGACACUAUAUAACACUGAAGGUUUUAUGUUACUUUCAUAAAAGGUAAUAUACCUUCAUAUGUUACCUUAGGAGCCUUUAUUUGGUCACAUUUGGCAUUUUCCCUCACCCAACAAUUAAUCUAUUGUAAUUAAGACUAGAAAAAAAUUGACUUCAUGCCACAUUGACCUGAACUUUGACGUGUAAUAAGCAGCAGCAACUUUGUGGGAAAAAAUACCGUAUUUAUACCUAAGGUGUUAUGUGGUACAACGGCAUUUUGUAUUUACAGAUUAGGUAUUGAAUCAUUGUUACAUGAUGAGAAUAAGUAAACCAUGUCAGUGAUGUUUUAAGAUUCUCUGCCUGGCAGGACACACGUAAAUAAGCUGAUUGGUGCAAAGUUAGCGAAAGAUCAAAACUUAGAACCUUCCUUAGGUUUUGUCUUCCAUAGAAUACUUUUUCCCAGAGCUCAUUUUAGAGUCAUAGUUGGACCACUGUAGAUGGGGUUUCUUAUUAAGAAUGUGGGAAAUAGCCUUUGAAACAAUGCGUGAACUGAAAACUUAACAAUGAAAGUAGUUGCCUUCUCCUUUGCUCCAUAUAUUUGUAAAUGGGUUGUCUGGAAUGAGAGAUACAUUUUUUUUUCUCAUAAGAAUGAUUAUUUUUAAAUUACAAGAACUUAAUUUAUUAACACCUUGGAUGAAAUUCAACACAAAAUUGUACAUACGCAUGUCUUUUGAAAAUGCUAGGUUGAUUUCUCCAUCUCAUUCUCCUGAUAGGUUGAGUAAGAUGAAGGCUGACUUCGAUCACUGACUUUGCAACGUGGAGGUCGCUGGCAGCUUUGCCACGAGCCAUUUUACCGACUGGUGCGGGUGAAAGGCAGAUUGUAGUGGGUUCAAGGAAGGGCGGGAAGAACAAGGAGACAGGAAGGAAAGAGAGCUCUAUUGAGGAGUCCUUUUUUGUUUGUUUUAAUCUUAGUUAAAAUCCCGUCAUAUUGGAAACCAGAGGGUUUCAGGUGGUGUCCUGUCUUUGACACUGUGUGCCCUCUAAGACCAAGUCCAGUCUCUCCGUGUGUCUGUCUCAGUAUUGGCUAAGCUGUUACUCUUUAAAAUAACUCUUAGUUUGAAUAAAGAUUUACCUUCCAUGGAA